GAGCUAAAGGCGCUAAUUACAACUACCUAGUUUCGAAUCCUACACCAACUCAAUCACUUGGCCUUUAUCGUAAUUUCGUCCCCCAAAAUCUUCGAUGACCUACGGAGAAUCACCGGACCACGAGGACUUUCGCUCGCUGCUCUCCGAGCAACGCCACGAGCUCAUGGCCGCCGAAUCCCUCGAGUCCGACCACGACCUCGCCUACCUGCUCCAACUCGAAGAGGCCCUCGCCGCUUCCCUCGCCGUCCAACCCUCCACUUCUACUUCCACUUCAUCGUCCUCGAAUCCAAUUCUCGAGCUUCCAAAAGGCGGCGUUUCGGGUUUCGCUGCACACCUGACCGAUGAGCUCGCGAAGUGCGAACAGGAAAUCAAGGAUCGUGAAGUAAGCGCGGCUGAGAUGCGCAGAAUCAGAGAGGAUCUCGACCGUCGGAUCCACGACGACAGGGUCGCGCGCCAGAUUAUGAGGAUUCCGGAGGACGACUGGAUUGAGUGGGGCGAUAACUACGAAAAACCCUUCGGCUCCGGAGAGGGGUGCUCGAAUUCGAAGGCCGUGGAGGAGAACGACGACGACGACGACGAAGACGACGACGACGACAACGACGUUUUCAUAUUGUACACCAAGGGGCUGGUGAGCGAGGAAAGGGUUAGGGGCGAGGACGCCUUGCUGGCUGGGUUAGGCGUAGCGAUAUGCGAUCCGAGGGAUAAUCUACUAUUAGAGGUGAGGAAGCCCUUGGUGGGCAACGGAAUGAGCAAGAUCGGCGCCCAUGCCAAAGCUUUGAUCGAGGGGCUUAAUGCGGCUCUUUCUUUGGAUUUGAAGCGGAUCACCUUUUAUUGCGACUACUACCCGCUCUACCAAUUUGUUAGUGGGAGAUGGCCACCAAAGCAGCGCAAGGUUGCAUUGCUAGUAAAUCAGGUGACACUUCUUCAGAGAAAAUUUAUAUAUUGCAACCCCAAGUUGGUGGCACGAAAUGAUAUUAAAUUUGUGUUUAAACUUGCAAGAGAAGCCAUAGAGUCUCAGGUUAGCAUACCUGCAGAAUCUAGCCGUGGCAAGCAUGUGAAUGAGACUUGUGUAAUUUGUUUAGAAGAUACUGAUGUUAGUAAGAUGUUCUUGGUUGAUGGCUGCCAGCACCGGUAUUGCUUGUCAUGUAUGAAACAGCAUGUAGAAGUGAAGUUACUUCACGGGAUGGUGCCCAAAUGCCCUCACGAAGGCUGUAAAUCAGAGCUUCUUGUUGACAGCUGCAGAAAGUUCUUGGCACCUAAGUCAAUAGAGAUCAUGAGGCUACGCAUAAGGGAAGCUUCAAUACCCGCAACAGAGAGAAUUUAUUGCCCAUAUCCAAGAUGUUCAACGCUAAUGUCAAAAAGUGAUGUUUUAGAAUACGCCAAAGAUUUUAUGGCUGUUGAACGAUCUGGAGCCAGGAAAUGCCUGAAAUGUCAUGCCCUUUUUUGUAUCAAUUGCAAGGUCCCUUGGCACAGUAACAUGACAUGCCAUGCUUAUAAACUGUUAAACCCUCAUCCCCCUGCAGAAGAUGUGAAGCUGAAGUCUCUUGCAACAAGAAAUCUGUGGCGCCAGUGUGUCAAGUGCAACCAUAUGAUUGAACUUGCUGAAGGUUGCUACCACAUGACUUGCAGAUGUGGGUACGAGUUCUGCUAUACUUGUGGAGCUGAGUGGAAGAACAAACAAGCAACGUGUUCUUGUCCACUCUGGGAUGAGGACCACAUUUGGAUUGACCAGGACAGAGACUUCGAUGAAGAAGAAGAUGAGGGAGAAGGCGAAGAGGACGAGUACUAUGACUCUGAUUAUUCAGAUCAGUACUUUUAAAUUGAUAUCUACUCUUCUCUCUCUCUCUCUCUCUCUUGUUUGGAACUGCUUGCCUCAAAUUUAUUCAUUUAAUCAUCUUUUCUUGGGGAUAAUGAAAGAAUGGGUAAGAAAAGCA